UGAUGCUAUGCGCAUAUGUUCUUCUCAUUUUAAAAGUGCUUACUAUACCAGUAACAAACAUCCUGACUGGUGUCCAUCAAUAAAUAUGGGCUACAAUACUAGUGCUGCGACUACACCAGAUAUCAAACAAUACCAUAGGGCUACUAAACGAAUGGCAUUGACACCAACCAUUUUGUUUCCAAAUGACUUGGAAGAUGAUACUGUUGUCACUGUUCCUAAUUCUAGUGAUGUAGAAAAUGUGGAUAGAAGCAUGGAAACAGGGACAUCAACUUCAAGAACAAUGACCAUAGCUAAUAUACAGACAUUAGAACAAGAAGUAGUUAGGGAAGAUUUUGUAAUCAACAAACUUACUUCAGAAGUAAAUUAUUUAAAUUUAAGUGAAGAAACAUUUAAUGGUCGUCCUCAAAUGUUAGCAUUUUAUACUGGCCUUGAGAGUACGGAUCUUUUUUUAUUAAUUUUAGAAGAAAUUAAACCUGCGCUAACUUCUAGUAACCAAAGGUUAACCGAAUUUCAAAAACUGUUAUGUCUUAUGAAAUUAAGAUUAAACAUGCCAUUUGUUGAUUUAGGCUAUAGAUUUAAUAUCUCUUGUGAUACUGCUUCAAUUAUUUUUCGUAAGGUUAUAUUUAUUUUAGAACAUGCAUUUAAAAAACUAAUUUACUGACCAGACAUGGAAGCAUUACGUU